ACGGCAACAGAACACGACGCUCGAGGUGUCCGACCCCGAUACAAGUUUUAAACCCCAGGAUUACAUCUUCAACUUAUCAACAACUUAUUAUGGACAUUAAAGAGACAUAACUCCUGCCAGUAUUAACCUGUUGGUAACUCGCAGUGGCAGAGCUGAGUGAUCCUGGCUCUGGAGGUUCCAUCCUGGGAGAGAGAUGGAGAAUAGCUCUCACACACUGCCUCCCCCGGCACAGUUUCUUAACACUUUCGAAGUGUCCCUGCCUUUCUCCUCCUCGCCGCAGCAGACACAUUGUCGUCUUUCACUCCCACUCUCACCCAUUUCAUUCCCCCCAUCCCCUUCCUCACUUUCUCCAGCCACAGCAGAGUCUAGUCACUCCUCCUCCCCUCUCUCACAUUAUUCAGCCUCUCAGUGUCUUGAAGGAAAAAACAUACAGUGCCUCAGUCCAGUGAACAUAUCUGACCAAGAUGACCUGACCUGCCUCAACUGGCUGCAUCAGAGGGGUAACCUACUGCCACUACAACCCCUCACCAAAAUAACACUGCCUCAGCUGGAGUCAUCGCAACCCACCCAACCUUCCACCCCGGUCUCGUCCAAGCCCCCAUAUUCCUUUAGCAGUCUGAUUUUCAUGGCAAUAGAGGAUUCGCCUGACAAGAGGCUGCCGGUGAAAGACAUCUAUGAUUGGAUUGUCAACAAUUUCCCGUUCUACAGGACGGCCUCCGGAGGCUGGAGGAACUCUGUAAGACACAACUUGUCCCUGAGCAAGAGCUUCCGCCGCAUUCAUCGGGACAAGAGCCAGUCAGUGGGAAAAGGAUCUCUUUGGUGUGUGUGCCCAGAGUACCGGUCAGCGCUCCUUGAAGUGCUGAGGAAGACCCACCGUUAUCACAGCACCAACAGCAAUCUGAUAAACAAGCCUGCACUACUGGAAGGAGCUGAAUUUGGGACGCCUGCAGUGUGUGACUCUCUUGAAAUCUCAGAUCCUCUCUCUCACACCCUCCUUCUUUCCUCUCCUCAAACACUGUCCAUUGAUAACACGCCUUUCUCUGACGACCCAACGUGCCCUUUGACCCCGGAUCACGAGGAGCUCGUCACCAUGGAGUCAUUGGACUACCAACAGGAGGAAGUCUACACAGAGAUGGAGAAAGACCCACUGACUGACAGUGGGUACAUUGAGUUACACUAUUACGAGUCUCAGCAGUACCUGGUACUGCCAGGUGACACCGAAUUAGACCUGGAGACCGUAGAGAUCCUCCAGCUGGAUGCCGAGGCUCAGGAAGCUGCUGGGUCAUUGCUGGACCUGGCAGGAGGAGGAUAUUAGUAUCAUAUCUCAUCAACAUCACAACUAAAGCAACACUUAGAUCCAUUUCAGGCAAACACUCCCAGAAAACAACAGAAGCUGUGAUUUAUUUUCUGCAGUCGUAAUAAUAAUAAUUAUGGAUGAGAUCAUCUUUUUUAAAAGUGGCUGCCUCUUUCUGAGACACUGACACUGCCCUAAAGCUUGUUUUGUUAUUGUAGUUUGCAUUAUGUAUAGAUAAUGGAUGGACUAACAAGACUAUGGAUCACACUCAUUCUCAUGUAUUCAGGCACUUUCAAUGCAGAUGAUGACUAACAGAUAGUCAGGACUGAAGAAGUCUUGAUAGUGUAAGGUGAAACUGAUAUGUGUGGAUAAAAUUGUGCUUUGAGAAUUGAAGUAUUAACACAAUACAAACUUCAUCAAGUUUGAAGGAUUUCCACUGUGAUUUUUUUUUAAACACAAGUAUCAAUCUCAGGGGUUGAAGUUCUGCUUCCAAUUAAAGUAGAAGUAAUUUUCCCAAUCCACUGACCAUUUAUACUGUUGGCAUUAAGACUUCCACAAGAAGAAAGAACAGCUCUGUGGAGGCAAACACUGAGCAGCAAACCAAAUCACAUUCACACGAUUAUUAUUUUUGUAUGAAGAUGUCUUUAUAACCUGUUCUUGUUAGGACUUUCAUAGAGGAUAAUUCAAUAGCAUUCCAGACAAACCUAAGUUUAAUAUAUGUUUCCCCUAAACACUGUAAUUGUAGCAUACUAUGAAAACUCUUCCUUUCUGAAAGUAAGUUUUUGUGAUUCUAUAUCAAAAUGUUUAAUUUAUAAUGUAACUGCAAUUGUAGAUGGUCAUCAAAUGUGGGAAAGCACUAAGUUACAAUGUCAGUACUUCCAAUUUUAUAUCUUAAUAGUAUUUCUUUAUAUAGUUUAAAUAUCUUGUAGAUUCCAUGAGUUUUUCUGUUAACUUGGACACUUUGUAUACACUUGUAAAAUAAGCUUAACAGUUUUCAAUUAAAAAAAAAACGUUUAUUGGAAUUAUGAAAUAAAAUGUUAAAUAUAUUCACUGCCAUUUAAAUAUAAUGUCAUUUCUGGGUACAAUGGAUUUCUCUACCUGUGUAUUGUAUGUACUUUCAAAAUCUGUUUUUGUAAUCUAACAAAUAAAAUCUCUCAUGCUGU